GCACGAAGAAGAAGACGACACUCGAGCUCCUGCAGACUGUUGUUUAGAUGAAACUGAUGAAUUUAUCUCAAUGAAUCGUCAAAUAAUACUUUUUUAAACAUUAGUUCACAUGUUAACGCGUCUUUGAGCUUUAACAACUCACCGACCGAGCGGUGAAGAAAGAAGAAUAAGGUGGCAUAUAAAGAGGGAACAACUCCAAGUGUAACAGCUGAAGUCUAUUGACAUACUAUUGCAACAGUGAAGACAUGAGUGAUCUAAAACCAUGCAGAAUAAAAAUUGAAGAUACUGAGGAACAAAUAGACCUGAUGGAGGUGAAAGAGGAAAGUCAUUUAGUUCUUGACAUAGAUCAGAAUCACCAUCAGCAUCCUAAAUCUAAUAAUUCAAUAACUGAUGAAGAAUCUAAUAUUUGCUUCAAGAGUGAAAGGAAUUUCUCACAAAAAAGCACUCAAAGAACAAGAGCCAAAUAUUCUUUCAUCUGCCCUCACUGUGGAAAGAGAUUCACAAAAAAAGAUCUACAGAGGCACCUGAGAAAUCAUGUUGGAGUGAAGCCCUUAACAUGCACUCAAUGUGGAAAGAGUUUCACAGUAAAGAAACCCCUUCAGGAUCACAUGAAAAUCCACACUGAAGAGAAGCCCUUCACAUGCACUCAGUGUGGAAAGACUUUUACACAAAAACGAAUCCUUAAUAUUCACCAGAGAAUUCACACUGGAGAGAAGCCUUUCCCAUGCCCUCAGUGUGGAAAGAGUUUUACACAAAAAGGAAGCCUUAAGGAACACAUGAGAAUUCACACUGGAGAGAAGCCUUUCACAUGCCCUCAGUGUGGAAAGAGUUUCGCAAAUAAAUCAGAUCUAAAGAGGCACCUGAGAAUUCACACUGGAGAGAAGCCUUUCACAUGCCCUCGGUGUGGAAUGAGUUUCACAAAUAAAUCAGAUCUAAAUAGGCACCUGAGUAUUCACACUGGAGAGAAGCCUUUCACAUGCACUCUGUGUGGAAAGAGUUUUACACAAAAAGGAAGCCUUAAGGAACACAUGAGAAUUCACACUGGAGAGAAGCCUUUCACAUGCCUUCAGUGUGGAAAGAGUUUUACACAAAAAAGAAACCUUAAGAAACACAUGAUAAUUCACACUGGAGAGAAGCCUUUCACAUGCACUCAGUGUGGAAAGAGUUUCACAAGAAAGAAAACCCUUCAGAAACACAUGAUAAUUCACACUGGAGAGAAGCCUUUCACAUGCACUCAGUGUGUAAAGAGUUUCACACAAGCAGGACAGCUUAAGAUUCACCUGACAAUUCACACCAUAUAGCAGCUUUUCACCUUCCUUCAGUGUGGAAAGAGUUUCACAGUAAAGAAACCCCUUCAGGAUCACAUGAAAAUCCACACUGAAGACAAACCUUACAAGUGUUCUCAUUGUGAAAAGUGUUUCAUGAUGUCAGAAAAUCUGAGAACCCAUGAGACAGUGCAUACUGGAGAGAAGCCAUACCACUGCACUUCAUGUGGAAAGAGUUUCAUUUAAUCAAGUAAUCUACUCUCAUCUAAGAAAGUGUUGUCCAAAUUUGUCAUACUAAGCAAAGAUAAUUUUCAGAGUAGACUCUUUCAAGUAAACGAUGUGAAAUUCAGAUAAUCACAAAGAUGAUAUUUCAUGAUCAGAAACUACAUUAUAACUGGCAAUAGCAGCACAAAUGGAGAUUGCACCAGUUUGAUCUUAGAGUUCUGAGCCCAGCCUAGUGUAAUCAAACCAGUUUGAUCAUGCAUGCGUUUUCACUAGCCAAAAUCCCACACCCAACAAAAAGUGAUAAAGGUACUGGAGACUGUUACUGCAUGCAUUUCUUUGGAAAUUUUAUUUGAAUGAGAAAGAUAUGAGUUUAGCAGGACAGAAGACAUUGUCCAUAAUUCAUGGAAGUCUAGACUUUAAACCCAUUCAUUCUAAAUUGUACUUACCUUUAUGAAAGUUUACUAUUGUUCUUCCAUUGCUUAAGAGUGGCAUUUCUAAUAAUAAGUUCAAAACUACUGGUAAGACCAUGAACGGCCCUAUAUUACCAUGGUUAUAGACUUUCUAAAAAAUAAACUAGUAUUUUUUUUUAAUGAAAAAACUAAUAGCUUAAACACUGUUUGGAUAUUAGUUAAAUGCAAGAACACUUUUUUUUUUUUUUUUUUGCUGUUUUUGUUUUUCCAAGUACUGUAUAAUGUGUAUUUACUCUGAAUUAUUUACUUGAAUACUUCCUUUUUACUUAUAAUGACUAAAGAAUUGUAACCAAUAAAACUUAUGUUUUGAGGUUGCA